AUGUUGGCGAUAAAAGAAAGAGCAGGUUUCUUUCAAGUGUUUGUGAUUGCUUGCUUCUUGUGUGCUGAAGUCUCUUCGGUGGAGUUUACCAUCAACCCAAGCACCAUCAAGAUCGGCAUUACAAGCUACAUCGACUUCAACUGCUCGGCAACUCCGGACAAGUCCAUCAACUUAACAGAACUGGUCGCCUUAGAUAUUUUGUACUCGGAAACAACGGACAACGCGGACUACAAAACGAUCUCUACCAUCGAUGUUUACAACGGGGUCAAGGUCUUUGAACACGUGACGGCGUACGGCCAUAUUGGAAGUGAUGAUCCCUCCUACCUGGGGAUGAACUGGACGUACCCGUCCAAGUGGGCGGGGGGGUGGUACAGGUGUGUGGUGCGAGGGGUCAAUGACCAAGGUCACCCUGUCACCUACUCCACCACAGUCAGGGUGACUGCGGACAAACCUGACUUCGACGCCAUGAUUGAGGAGUUCAGGAAUCUAAAGGCUACCACAAUCGAUAAAUGCGGUUAUGCAAGUGUUCUAAAGAAACGACUUGAAAAAGCCAAAGCCUCAGCUUUUGAAGCCCCCGAGAUAUUGAAUGGAUUCACCUACCUCUUAUCCAAGUCCAGCAAGCGAGUUUUUGCACACGAGGCGCGCGCUAGCUGUGAGUUGUACGGCGGCCAUCUUGCCGACAUCAACGAUUUGAAUGAGUGGGACUUUGUGAAGAAUAUAUCCACACGCUACAACGCUCGGCUGGUGAUGGUGGAUGGUACGGAUGAGUCUCAUGAGCUUCACUGGGUGUCCACGUAUUCCAAUGCAAAUUUGACGUAUUUUAACUGGAGCGAUGGCUACCCACUCAACGAUAUUAAAUACAACUGUAUGUUCGUAGACAAGGAUGUCGCUUACAAAAUGAUAACCUAUUUAUGUUUGGUGGAUGAUAUGAAUUUUUUACCAAGAUUUAUCUGCAAAAUAAAAUUAAUAAAUUAAAGACAAUAAAUAUAUUAAACUUAAAUCAA